UCAAAAUUUUCCAACUUCGAAAACCAACAAUGGAUAUUCCAACAAUUACAAUAAUGAUAGUCGAUAUGAUAUGGCUUCUGGGUAUUCAAAUUCCGCUAAUAAUGAUGCAUAUCCUCCUUAUAACUCAAGUCAACAAAAUCCUUAUUCUACUCCAUUUGAUGACCCUCAUACUCCUUCACAAUCACAAUCCUCUUCUUACCCUCUUGCCCCAAUGACCAUGAAUAGGAGCUUCACUCAAUAUGGUCCAAAGGUUCCAACGUAUCCUCCUCCAAGAUCACAAACUUUCCCUCAAUCAGGAAAUAAUAAUCAAACUUCAGCCGUAGUCUCAAAACCAUUGUAUGAUAAGAAUGACCCGAAUGCGCCACGUCCUCCUUCUCAGUAUGGCGUGAAGCAAGAAUCAUUUUACAAUAAAGAAUACGGUAAAGGAGAAGGCGGCGGAGGAGGAAACUAUCAAGAAAAACCGAAAUAUGGUGGAUUUAUGGGUACUUUUUGUUGCUGUGGUUGUGGGAGGAUGUGUAGAACAAAUGGAUUUGAUUUUAAUUUUGGAUUGAAUAUUUCUGUCGAUAAUCCAAAUUUUGUUGGUGCUGAUUUCAAAUCUAUAAAAGCAACGGCAUUUUAUCCUGGUCAUACUACUCCGAUCGGAGGUGGUAAUUUGACAGAUGUUCAAAUCGGAGCAAAAGCAAACACGACAAUCAACUUUCCUUUUUCGAUAAAUUAUGAUUCAUCGCAGGAUCCUGGACUGGCAAUUGUGCAGGAUAUUUUACUAAAAUGCGGGUUUCUUGGUGGUCCGAGACAACAAAUAUCGAUUGACUACACGCUGGUGGUUAGUCUGAAGGUGCUUGCUGUCACUGUGAGUCCGAGUUUUAGUAGAACUGAAAAGGUUGAUUGUCCUAUAAAGAAUAAUCAAAUGCCAAAUAUAGCGGGAUUGAAUAUAAAUAAUGCGAUUAGCGCUUUUAAUAUCAAUAAGGGUAGCAAAGCCGGCAAGAAAAAGUAG